UGUAAACAUAUUCUUUUGUUCUCUUUUAGUAAAUCUUUGAAGCUUGGCAUCCUUUUUUUCUCUGUUACUCAUCUCUUCAACCUCUAAGACCCAAAAAAUACAAAAACAUGAAGAAAGUUGUGUUGAAAUUGGAUAUAUUGGAUGAAAAAAUCAAGCAAAAAGCCAUGAAAAAUGUCUCAAGUCUUCCAGGGGUGGAAUCAAUAGCAAUGGAGAUGAAAGACAAGAAACUGACUGUAACAGGAGAUAUAGAUCCAGUUACAGUAGUCUCAAAACUGAGAAAAAUAUGUUGUACAGAGAUUGUUUCAGUUGGGCCUGCAAAAGAAGAAAAAAAGGAUCCUGCUGCUGAUAAGAAAAAAGAAGAAGAAAAAAAGAAGGCAGAUGAUAAGAAAAAAGAAGAAGAACUUAAAAAGAAACAGCUUGAAGAGGCUUUGAAAUCAGGAUACAUUCCAUAUCCUCAGCCUUAUCCUUAUUAUCAACAACCUUAUACUAAUUAUCAUCAGUAUAAUCAUCCACCUACACCAUAUUAUACUAAAGUUGUUCAAGAUGACACUCCUACUAAUUGUGUUAUUUGCUAAUCAAGUGAUUAACACAUGUUAAGUUAAGUCAAGUCAAGUCAAAUCUCAUGCUGAAAUCAAGAAACCAGAUCUUGGAAGUUGGAAGUUGAGGUUAAGGGUGUGACAAUUUGCAGUUUUUUUGUUUGUAUUACAAUAAUGUAAAUCAUUUUAUUAAUUAUAGUUUUUAAAGUUAUUAUUAUUAAGGUAAA